AUGAACAAGUCCCUCCGGUCAUGGCAUAUCCAUCAGCAUGUUCUCACCAUUGUGUGUGACAAUGCCUCCGCAAACGAUGUGAUGAUUGACAAGCUGGCCGACAAUGAUUGGGCUCGGUUCAACUCAUCUUCAAAAGGACGAGUACGUUGUUUUGCUCAUAUUCUAAACUUGGUGACGGGAGUGAGUAUAACAGAGUGA